CGGAAGAGUCAAAGUUCAGGAGCUAGAGCCAGCCGGGAGCCUGGGAAAUGGAACACCCCUACACAACCGAGAUGCUGACUUUCUCCCUGGGCCCGCAGAACGGCACCUGGUCAGACACCGCCUCUCUGCUCUUAGCUCUUGGCGUUGCUCUCUACUUGGGCUACUACUGGGCAUGUGUGCCCCAGAGGCCUCUUCUGGUAGCUGGGCCCCAGUUUCUGGACUUCCUGGAGCAACACUGUCCAAUCACUGUGCAGACUUUCUACCCCACACUGUGGUGUUUUGAGGGACGGCUGCAAACCAUCUUUCGAGUCCUCCUGCAGACUCGGCCUGCGGUCCCUUACCGGAGCGAGAUCCUCCAGACCCCAGAUGGAGGCCAGUUCCUUCUAGACUGGGCUGAGCAGCCUGACAGCAGUCCCCCAGACCCUAGCACCCAGCCCAUAGUUCUGCUGCUUCCGGGCAUCAGCGGCAGUAGCCAGGAGCCAUACAUCUUACAUCUAGUUGAGCAAGUUUUGAAGGAUGGCUAUAGGGCUGUUGUAUUUAAUAACCGUGGCUGCCGAGGGGAGGAACUGCUGACCCACAGGGCUUACUGUGCCAGCAACACCGAAGAUCUAGAAACAGCUGUGAAGCACAUAAAGUGCUGCUACUCCCAAGCUCCGCUGCUGGCUGUGGGCAUCUCUUUUGGAGGGAUACUGGUGCUGAACUACCUGGCACGGACUGGGAAGGCUGGAGGGUUGGUAGCUGCACUGACAGUGUCUGCAUGCUGGGACUCCUUUGAGACCAUUGACUCCUUGGAGACCCCACUCAACUCACUGCUUUUCAAUCAGCCCCUCACUGCUGGCCUCUGCCGGCUUGUGGCCAGAAACAAAAAAUCAAUUGAAAAGGUGUUGGACGUGGACUUUGCUAUAAAGGCCCGCACAAUCCGCCAGCUGGAUGAGCGCUACACAUCUGUGGCUUUUGGGUAUAAAGACUGUGCGGCCUAUUACCAAGCCUCAAGCCCAAGAACCAAGGUGGACGCCAUCCACACCCCUGUUCUCUGCCUCAAUGCAGCAGAUGAUCCCUUCUCCCCAUUCCACGCCUUCCCUCUGCAGGCUGCCCAGAAGUCUCCUUAUGUUGCACUGCUCAUCACAGCUCGGGGUGGCCACAUUGGCUUCCUGGAAGGGCUGUUGCCCUGGCAGCACUGCUACAUGAACCGUGUCCUCCAUCAGUAUGCCCGAGCCGUUUUCCAGCACUCAGUGGAGCUGCCUGACCUUGGAGCACUCACUCCUGAGGAUGGAAAGAGCUGACAAGAGGACUGUUUGGGGUCUCGCUUCAAUCUUUCUCUGUUUAUUAAAUAUCAACUCUUCCUGCCUAAUAA